UGGAGCUGCGGCUGCGGCAGAGGAGAGCGGGGAGCGGAGCCGGGGACAGCGGGGCUGCAGCCCCUGAGGGACACACCGGCGAGAAGCCCCCGGCGUACCAGCGGUUCCACACCCUGGCCCAGGACCUGCCCCCGGGGCUGACGCUGCCCUACAAGUUCAGGGUGCUGGCAGAGAUGUUCCGCAGCGUGGACACCAUCGCCGGGAUGCUCUUCAACCGCGCCGAGACCGUCACCUUCGCCAAGGUCAAGCAGGGCGUGCAGGACAUGAUGCGCAGGCAGUUCGAGGAGCAGCACCUGGGGCAGAUCAAGGCCGUGUAUCCCGGCUCGUACCGGCUGCGCCAGGAGAAGAACGUCCCCACCUUCGGCAGCAGCGGGAAGAAGUCUGAGUAUCAGCUCACACUGGAGCCGCUGCUGGGGGAAGAGGAGAAGGUGGAUGGGCGCCCGCAUCUGUCGGCGUCGCGGCUGCUGGAGCGCCGGAGGGAAUUCCACCGCAACCUGGUGAACAUCGUCAGGGAGCACCACAAGGCAUUCCUGGCUGCCCUCAGCCCUCCCAUGGUGGUGCCAGAGGAGAAGCUGACCCGGUGGCACCCCCGCUUCAACGUGGAUGAGGUGCCGGACGUCAGCCCCGCGGAGCUGCCGCGGCCGCCGCAGGAGGACAGGCUGAGCACGGCCCAGGAGGUGCUGAGCACGGCCCAGGGGAUGCUGAGCCCCAAGAUGGAAAAAGCUCUUGCCAACCUGGCCCUAAGAACGGCCGGAGCCGGUGCGGGGGAACCGACGCUUUCCAAAAGCCCGGCCCCUGCCAGCACCUCCAGCGCGCUCAAAGGGGUGUCCCAGGGGCUGCUGGAGCGGAUCCGGGCCAAGGAGGCGCGGCGGCUGCAGGCGCUGCUGACGCGG